CUCCUGGCAGCCGUCAAGACGAUCAGCUACAACGCAGCGAAGCACGAGAUUCAUUUCUACUUCUUUACCAGAGAGGCAGCCUGUAGGUUUGACGGGCUGAAGGUACCUUUUCAUCGAACGACGCACGGACUAGUCAAUGCGCAUCCUGUGGGAAGACGAAUACCUGGGGCAAAUGUUUGGGACCUGCAAUACGAAGAAGAUGGUGCCCUGAUCUCGACGGCGUCAGAGUACGUCGUCAUUCUACGUUACGUGACGCGGAACAUGGAUCUC